CAAAGGUACUGCAUAUCACCAACAGAUAGCACGCUCCAAAUACCUCUGGCAGAGGAAUCAACCAGAAGCCAAGGAUGAAGGCCCUGCUGCUGACUCUUCUGGGUCUGGUUUGCGCUGAUCUGUCCACAACAGACCUCUCACAGAUCUCAGGAGAAUGGAAGACCCUUUAUAUAGCCACCAAUACUCCAGAGAAAACAACUAAGAAUGGCCCAUUCAGGCAUACUGCUCAUAUAAUUAAUUAUGAUGCAGAAAAUGGAGAUGUGACUUAUCAUAUUUUUGCCAGGGCGAAUGGACAAUGUCUGGAAGAGUAUGCUCAUGGGAAAUGGGUCGAAGGCAAUGUUUUUGUCUUAAAGUAUGAGGGUGCAACCCUUUCUGUAUUUACUGACAUAUCAGAAGAUUCCCUGGUGGGGUAUAACGUCAAUGUGGAAGACAAUGUGGUCUCCAUCCUAACCUUUCUGUUCAGCAAAUCAAACCAUGCAAAUGACCAAGAUUUCGAGAAGUUCAAGGAGCUGACUCAGAAAAUGGAUAUUCCAGAAGGAAAUAUUUUAGACUUUACCAAUAUAGAAGACUGUCCUGAAAAUUAAUGAAAGCAGAGUCCUUGAUUCUCACGGGCAACUAUGUCCUGAGAAUGGGGCACAUCUUCUCCGUGGGACCUGAUCAACUGCGGGAAGGAUUCUUGUUCCUGACCACCAUGUCUGUCUCUCUUCAUGAGCUCACUCCCUUCCCUCCCAGCCAGUCACCAAUCAGAGCCUGUGUGGUGUUCCUGGACAUCUUUGUGUUCCAAUAAACUGACUUCAGAGCAA